AUGCGAGAGCUCAUCAGCCUCGUCCACGGCAUACGCCUCUACCACUCGGUGUCCGCCGACUGGCCAGGUGCUGGUCUUAACACGAAGGAGGUAUUAGGCGAUCCGGAUAAGCGUAGGAGAGCGGAUGAUCUCGAGGAUGCACUACAGGAGAUUAACAGUAGAUGCUCGCGACUCAAGGAGUAUAUAGACUACCUCGUAGUGGUGUCACUGAAGGAGGAGGCAGGGGAGGGCUUGGCAAAGGGAACUGAUGAUAUUUGCUAUAUACGUCAGUGUGUGUUGUAUCUCCGAUCUGCUGGUGAUGAUAUUGAGAGAGCUAUCGAACGGUUGUAUAAAUCGCGCUCUCACUUUGCUGAGUGUGCUAGGAUGAUAGGUGCCGGGAUGGGCAACAGGACGGUCAUCCUCAAGGCGGAGGUUUACCCUUGUUUUGAUUCUCUUGCGAAGUACUACUAUAGUUGCCGUGAUGAGCUGCGGUUCAUCAAUGAUCGGAUACGUCUGGCACAUAUGGUGUUCGAGCAGUUGGAUGCAUAUAGGUUUGAAGAGAAAGGCCUCCUGUUGGGAUCGAACUGGGGAUCUGUCGAUUAUUCUAUGGAGGACAAGUGCUCUACCAACCGCGCUACCAAUACUUGCCCUGAGACGCCGUCCUCUCUAGAGCAGCACUCGGUGCUCGAGUCUUGGCAGGAUGUAUGUCCAUGGUGGUCUAAGGGGUACUGUCCGAUCGCUAUCGUUGACGGUAGAGGUCUGCUUGUACCGGGUGACCCUCAGCAUGGCCUCGUCCUCCGACUCGAUGGAGGGACCGCGUCCUUGGUGGCGUUUUCGUCUCCUGGCGCCGUGAGGAGGUUUAUGGCUGACCACAGUAAAUAUGAGGAAUGGGUGAAGGCGUAUUGCCGUUUGAUGCCUCCACUUAUCCCCUUGUUGCAAAUGCAGGCGGAAUUCCCGCAUAUUCCGGGUGCACUGUUCGGGGGAGAAGAUAAGUCCGAUCGUCAGGAGAGCGGCCCUGGGCGGGUUCGACUGGACGUGGCCUGCGAGACGGAGUUGCAUCCGCAGCAGCAGCAUGUGGAUAAGGAAUAUGAAUGGAACGAAUGGAGGCUGCGGGAGAAAUUGUUGAGGGCAGUGACGCUACGACAGAAAAAGACGAGAAGUGUCCAGACUGAUUACUCCUCCUUCAGAAGAGACAGUGACGUGCAGGUCUAUCUCCCCAAGACUGCAACGACGAAUACCUCCCAUGACAAGUGGACAAAUCCGGUGGUUCAUAAACGAUACUUGGUCGGUAUGAGAGGAGCCAAAAAGGAUGCAUUGAAAAGUGUGGAUAUCAAGUUUGACAUGUGA